AUCACCAACCAUGGAAGACAUCUCCCAAAGCAUGGAAAACGUUUCCCUCAUGGACGUCGAUCCGCUCAACAAAGAGAACAUCACGCCCAUGCACUCGCCCAACUCCAAACGUCAAUCCCCCUACAAAUCGCCAGUCUCCAGACCCUCCAUCAAGAUUUCCACAAAGACCCAGAGACUAUCAAAUGUUUGCCAACUCUAUUUCUUGGACUACUAUUGUGACAAAUUUGACUACAUUAUUAACAGAAGAGAUAGAAGUGAUAAGGUCAUGUCAUCUCUAAACCACCAAGAUGGCCUCACCCCCCAACAGAAAAACUUGGAGUGGAAGAACUACGUGAGUAGAGAAAGAGCGUAUUUGAGGAAAAAGCGGUUGAAGCCAAAACACAAAGACUUUGAGAUGAUCACCCAGGUGGGCCAAGGUGGCUAUGGUCAAGUGUUUUUGGCCAGGAAGAAGGAUACGAAAGAAAUCUGUGCUUUGAAGGUAUUGAACAAGGGUUUGUUAAUCAAGUUGAAUGAGACUAAACAUGUUUUGACUGAAAGAGACAUUUUGACCAAUACUCGUUCCGACUGGCUUGUGAAGUUGUUAUAUGCGUUCCAGGAUGCUGAAAAAGUGUUUUUGGCCAUGGAAUUUGUUCCAGGUGGUGACUUUAGAACCUUGUUGAACAAUACUGGCUACUUGAUUCCUCCACACUCCCGUUUCUACAUAAGUGAGAUGCUCUGUGCCGUGAACGCAUUACAUGAGCUUGGAUACAUUCACCGAGACUUAAAGCCUGAAAACUUCUUGAUCGACUCUAAGGGUCACAUCAAGUUGACGGACUUUGGGUUGGCUUCUGGGUCUAUUUCCAAGGAGAGAAUCGAAAGUAUGAAGUUGAAGUUGCGUGAUUUCUCGGACUACAAGACCAACUUCAACUUCGACUUGCCUUCCAUUAACAUCAACGAACGUCAGAAGAUCUUUAAGAAUUUCCAGACUUCCACCGCCAAUUUCGCCAACUCAAUUGUGGGAAGUCCUGAUUAUAUGGCUUUAGACGUGUUGGAAGGUGCCAGUUAUGACUUCACGAUUGACUACUGGUCCUUGGGGUGCAUUCUCUUUGAGAGUCUUUGUGGAUAUCCUCCGUUUAGUGGGUCUAAACAGGAAGAAACCUACUAUAACUUGAAACAUUGGGAGAAGACUUUGAGAAGACCUCAGACCAAGGAUGGAAGGUACGUGUUCAGUGACCGGACUUGGCAGUUGAUUACCAAGCUCAUUACCAAACCCAGCUUGAGGUUCAAGAACUUUAGCCAGAUUAAGAAAAUGCACUACUUCAACAAAAAAACUCCUCCCUUCACCCCCCAGUUGGACAACGAGGAGGAUGCCGGAUACUUUGAUGACUUUGAGGAUGAGGAAUCUAUGAUGAAAUAUAAAGAUGUGUUUGAAAGGCAAAAUUACAAUGAGAAGUUGUUAAUGGGAUCCAAGAAGCUCAAAAACUCCAACUUUAUUGGAUUCACGUUCAAACACAAACUGAACCCCAACAAUAAAUUCGCCGAAUUGAAUACGAAUAUGAACUCCAAUCCGUUGGCAACCUUAUACUAAUGAAUAGAUAUGUAGAGAUUAGCUUGUAUUAAUGAAUUAACUUGAAAUGAGAACUUACUUAAUUAGCAUGCAGUUAUUUUUCUAGUGCCCGGAGCCUCACAUGCCCCAUACAAAAUCUGCUCGUAUAAGGACUACAAACGUAGUGACCUGAUAUUUGACUGGUUUUAACAAAAAAAUGUGCAAUUUGCUAUGUCUCACCUGUGGUCCAAUUUUGACUCCCAUUUUUUUGAGACAUUUACCUUGUAUAUAAUUGUGAGACAUUCGUUGGACGUGAGAGUUAUCAUCAGAAUUGGAUCAGUGUCGCUGGGAGUGAACAGUCCACAUAUACUGUCAGAGAGCAAUGGGUGCAAAUACAACAUCAGUGAAUUUUUCCAAGCCAGAGGCGUUCUAAUGGUCUCUGUAUCUUAGUUUAAUAUUUGUAUCCAAAAGUACCUUAAAUAUCCACCAAUUUCCCAGCCGGGACCAUUCAUACCAUCACUACUUGAGUGCAGACAGAGAUUUAUGCCUCUUGCUUCCACACAAAGUCGUCCUCUAUCUUCUUCUCCACAAGUUGUCUGAACUCAGUAAAAUUGGCACCUGCAAUUUUGAACCCGUUAUCCAUAACUUCAAACAACUCCUGUUUGCUAAACUCACCCUUUGAAUCAGCGUAGACGAUUUUGCUUGGCUUACUAUCAACAAUCGAAAACACCAACAAAUGGUGGGAUUUUGAGUGUAUAAGGUCAGAAAGUUCAGGAGUAUUUAUAAUCAGCUUAUCCUCCAGAACAGAUUGGCUCACGCCGAUGAACGACUCAUACAAGAAGAUAUUGGAGUCCAACAAUGCAAAGUAACAGCAAUUGAUGAUGUCUGUAAAUUCAAUGUUAAAUACCUUCAAAUCGUCCACGGUAUUUUCAAAAUUGUUGAUAACGACGGCGUCAGUCUCGAGGCUCAACACCUGUACGACCACCUGGAUGAGUUGCCUGGGAUACUUGUGCCUUAUAAUGAGACUUGAUAAUAUGGAUCUCAACUUGUCAGUUAAUAGGUUUUCUCUGGUAUUGGCGGUGCCAAUCGAAGGUCUCAAUAUAAUUUCCAAACUUGCUAAAUUUGGGAGUUCCUGCUUGAUUUUGGGUUCUAUAGGACCACUCACAGACACCAACACCUUGGUACGGCCGUUGGUGAGUUCGGCAGACCCAUCCACAUUCUCCAAAACAGAUGUUCUCAAGAGCAUGGUUGAAGAAAGGUU